ACAUGACAUGAAAAAUGAGGUACUACAAAUGGCUGUGUUACUAAAGCGGGUCUGUUUUGUGUCUUUUUCUUUGCCAGAGAACUAUGGAGGAUACGAGAACCAGCUUUUCAAAGAUGAAGAUUUCACAGGAGAAGAGGAGGAAAUACCUUCGUUUAGAGGUCGGAGCAGGAGUGGCUGUGUGCGCUGCCAACAGACCAAUGCUCUCCAGCUGGCCAUCAAAGUCCUGUAUGGAUUUGUGGCCUUUCUCAUCAUCACCGUAGCAGUGUUGGCUUCACUCGUAUUCAGAAAAGUGGAGAACCUUUCUGUAGAAGAAACCAACUACUACAAUAAGAUCAACAAGGUGCAGCAAGGACUAGAAGAUUUGAGCGUGGCCUCUAAUUGCACCGGAUGUUUAGAUGUGGCCACGUACACAGAGGAGAUCAGCCGCUUGAAAAGAGAGUUUGAAGACAUCCAGAGAAUGAUCCUGGGACAAGAGCAGCUCCUGGACCAGUCUUCCCAAGCCCAAGCUAACCUGCAGGCCGCUAGUGCCCGCCUCACUCGAGAUGUUCAGAACCACCUGAGGGCCAUCAAGAUCCUGAACCAGACCUUAGACAGGUUCUCCAACCAGGUACAGGGCUGGAGAGACGUAAUCGAGGAAACCGAGGAGAAGAUGAAGACCCUAGCAGAGGAUCAGGAUGAUGUGAAAGCUAUAGCACAACAAGUCAACACUACUGUGGCACUAAGUACCAUGUGGAUUGAUGCCCUCCAAAGAAAGGCAGAUGAGGAGACAUUGGUCCUACAGAAACUGACCACAGACUGGCAGAACUACACCAAAGUCCUGGGCGCCAUCAAGUCCAACACCAGCACCACCACCCAGAACAUGCGCUUCCUCCAGAACAGUAUCCAGGCCGACCAGCAGCGCAUUGCCAUGGCCACCGAGAUCUUCUACGACCUCACCCAACAGGUGAUGAAUCUCCAAAUGCAACUGGACAAUGUGACUUCAUUCAUGGAUGAACAUGAGGAGAACAUGCACGAUCUUCACUAUCACUCAAAGUACUAUGAGAACCGUACUGGGGAGCGCUUCUCUGCCUUGGACGGUCGUCUGAACUCUAUAGAGAUGGAGAUCGAAACCAUCUCGUCCAGUAUCAAUGCCACAGUGAACCAUGUGCAGAGCAUGUACAAAUACAUCAGCAUCGAGAGCUCCACCUGCCAGAGCCGCCUGGGACGACAGACCGAAGACCUACAGAGUCUAAACACCACAGUGCUGUUGCUGCUGAAUCUCGCGGACUCCCUGAGACAACAGAACAUGCUGCUGAACGUGCGUUUGGAUGUGGAUGUUCGAAACCUGUCCAUGGUGAUGGAGGAGAUGAAGCUUGUGGAUGUCCACCACACACAACUCAUCAAGAACUUCACCAUAGUCAAAGGUGCUCCAGGACCUCCAGGACCCAGAGGCUUCAAAGGGGACCCUGGUGCCAAAGGUCCAGUUGGACUAAGUGGGGGCAAAGGUGACCGAGGACCUACAGGAGGACGUGGACCACAGGGAGAGAGGGGCGUCCCAGGACCUAAAGGACCUCCUGGAGAGCCAGGAAGUGGCGGUACAAGAGGUGCUACUGGACUUAAGGGAGCCAAGGGGGAAAUGGGUCCCACUGGUCCCAGAGGUGAAAAGGGGUUUAAAGGAGAUGCUGGUAAACCUGGCAGUGUUGGAUUGCCAGGACUCGAUGGACCAAAGGGGGAUCCUGGAAUUGAAGGUGCUCGAGGACCACCAGGUCCACCAGGACCAAGGGGUAAACCAGGGCCAGCCGGACCACCCGGAGCACCAGGGGUUGCCGGACCUCCAGGCCAGCCCUAUUACAGCCCUCAUCAGACAGAUAUCCAGACAGUGACUCCAGGAGUGGACUCAAAGAGGCACUGAGGAGUGAAGUGGGACAAAAGCAUAUACUAGUAUUUCACAAAACCAUAAAACACUUGAACAAGUUAAAAUGAAUCUUUUGUGAUAUGUGAUGGUCAAUGUCAUUUUGGAUGCGUCUUUAUGAAACACACAGCAUCUACAUUUUAACUUUAAAGACUUCUUCAGUUUUUUGUUUUUUUUCAAAAGCUAAAUUAGAGUGAGAAACUUCAGAAUGCACUUAAUGCAAAACUACCCUGUUCGUUUUGACUGGACAGACAUUCAGCUUUUAAUCCAACUGAUGGUACUGCCCUGUUUUACUUGCAUUUUAACAUUUUGAAUCAGUAGUAAAACAAAACAUGUGUAUAUUUUGCAUUUGGUCAAAGUUGAAUGUACUUGAGGUCGUGAUUGUUGAAAUGUGAGUUUAGUUUUGCUCAAAGCUUCCAACAACAUUAGGUUUACAUUGUCCCCCACUAAAUGUAGCUCACUAAGUAUGGUCUUAUCAUGGUGGGUGGAUAAAGAUUUAUGCUGGUUGUACACUGACUGCAAGUGUGGCACAAUUUGAGACUCGGGUGAGUCCCAUAAGACUUAGAAAUUCAUUAAAAUCAUUGCGCCCUUCCACAGUGGCCUCUGCACCCUGCCACAUGGAACCAGGCAGAGUGCAAGUGUGGGUCCAAAUGAGGAAAAAAUCUGCAAAAAAAAGUUUUUUCUGAACACUGCAGCGGUCCAAUUUUCAGAUCAUUACACAUGAAUAAUUGUGUGAGACCACGUGCCUUGGUUAAAUACCACCACAGUUGUCAUAGUUGGUGAGACGGUCUGCAAGUAACCCACUCAAAGUACGUGCCAAAUCCGUCCUGCAGUUAGUGUAAACCCAGCACUAUAUUACCUUUAAAAGUUUCAGAGCAGGCUCUCUGAGAGUGUGUGAUUGAAGAAGCAUGACUGUUUUGAAUACUGUAGAUCAGUUGGUAAGAAACAUCAUCGUGAAUAGACUUCACAUUUUAAAUCCUUAAGAUUUUGCAUUUUUUUCACAGCCAAAAGAUGGAUCAGGCAUAAAAACAUCUGACAGACUUAGAUCUGGAAAAAUGGAAGCUAAGGGAUUUCAAUUUGACUGGAACCAUAUACUGAUGGAGAAGCGUUUAGGUCAUCUACAACCACUCCAAAACUGCAGUCCUUUGGGGCUUUCCUGAUCAGUACCAAAAGUGGUCAAAGAAAACAGUGGCUCAAAUUGUAUACACUGUUGCAUAAUUACAUGUGUACCACUAUUAAGUAGACCUAUCAUUUUAACUCAUGUUUGUUGCCUGAUCAGAGUAGGCUAUAAUGAAAUGACAUCGGAUGCUUUUUCUGUGAAGUUCACUACCAUCUGGUUUAGAUUUUGUACAUGUUGCUAUUUCAGCUCUGAUCACUCCAGCUCAAAAUGGACUCAAGAGUAAUCGCCUAUAGAGAAA